AGGGGAGGAGUCCUGGGGGCCGAUGGAGCCCCGGGCUAGGCCUAACUCAAAGGUGAGGUGGCAGUAGGCCAAGGAGAGGCGCUGCAGGCUGGGGGCACAACUGCUGAGCUGAUUGAAGCUGAGGUCAGCCAGGUCCCGCAGGUUGAGCUCACAGAGGCCACUCAGUGCCUGUUGGACCUGCUGUGCCGUCUCAGGCUGAGCUAGCAGCAUGCCCGACAUGAAGAGGCUGUUGCAGCCACUGAGGUCAAGGAUAUGCAGGGCCGGGCAGCUCAGGAUCAGAGCCACGAAGGAGGCCUCUGUGGGGCUGCCCCCACCAAGACACAAGCUCUGCAGCUGCAGGCCCAGGUAGUAGGCAACAGACUGCAGCACCUGGUGUGAAGCUGCGAGCCAUCCAGGUUGGUCAGGCUGAUGCAGGAGAUGCCCCUGAGACCCAGGUUCUUGAUGGUCAGAAGGGAGGCAGAGGACAUGGGGAUGUUGUACCGCACGUUGGCCUGCGGGGCAGCAGUGGGCCUGGGGUUAGCCCUCUGGCCUCACAGUGUGCUGGCCACUGGGUCUCGUGGCAAUUCACUGGCCAGAAUUUGAGGGCAGGUCAGGGAAGGGCUUUUCUACAAUCGGGACCCACUGUGGCGUGUGGUGACAUGUGUGCUUGAGGGGGUGCUGAUGGGAAGUGGGAGCUGGGAGGACAGGUCACCCUGGGCCUCAGAGGGGAAUACAAUGAGGGGAGGACAGGAAAGUUCAUGAUGGGAGGGGCUGGGCCAGAGUGGGGACCUGGCAUGCUGGGUACAGGAGGGCUGGGGGGUAACCUGGAGGAGAGCCAGAGAAGCCCCCAGGGAGCAGGAGGACAAAGUAUGCUGGACCCCAACUUUUGGGACUUUCAAAAGGUGGCCCUGAGACCCAUGGAUUUGGCUCCAAAUCCAGGGCCUCAGCUUGGCAUUAGCUAAGCAAUCAGCCUCCUCCACUUUCUCCAGGGCAUAUAAAUAGCCCUCAGAACAGCUGAAGACCGGAAGAAGCAAGGCAGGUGUCGCUCACCACAAUCCCCCGUGGCCCAGAUGCCAGAGGUCUGGGGCAGGCAGUGAGGCCGAGGUCCCCUGGUGGCCUCAGCCACAUGAAUGUUUGCAAAGAUGGGUUUUGUGUGUAAGUGAAAAUGCGCACAUGCACGUGAGUGUAGUGUGCGCAUGCGUGGGUGCGUGGGCGCGCUCACACGGGUUGACCCUUCAGGCUCAAGAAUUCAAGACGUGCUUGUGAUCCCUGGAGCUCAUCUCUGGAGGGUCUGUCUUAUCUGUCCAGAACAUCAUCAAAAGGGAACCAGAAAGGUAGAAAUGACGCCUAAAAUGCACUCCCUGCAAGAUACUUAUCAGCAGGAUAUUCCCAGGAAGACACAUGGAACUCAUUCCCAGGUGUGGAGAAGCUGCCGCCUAUGGCUGUCAUCACGGAAGGAGCGUGUGCCCAAGGGCAAAGUGGGCACGAGAGGAAAGAAGCAGAUAUUUGAGGAGAACAAAGAGACCCUGAAGUUCUACCUGCGGAUCAUACUGGGAGCCAAUGCCAUUUACUGUCUCGUGACCCUGGUCUUCUUCUACUCAUCUGCCUCAUUUUGGGCCUGGAUGGCUCUGGGCUUUAGUCUGGCAGUAUAUGGGGCCAGCUACCACUCAAUGAGCUCGAUGGCAAGGGCAGCCUUCUCUGAGGAUGGGGCCCUGAUAGAUGGUGGAAUGGAUCUCAACAUGGAGCAGGGCAUGGCAGAGCACCUUAAAGAUGUGAUCCUACUGACAGCUAUCGUGCAGGUGCUCAGCUGCUUCUCCCUCUACAUCUGGUCCUUCUGGCUUCUGGCGCCGGGCAGAGCCCUUUACCUCCUGUGGGUCAACGUACUGGGCCCUUGGUUCACAGCAGACAGUGGCGCCCCAGCGCCAGAGCACAAUGAGAAACGGCAGCGCCGACAGGAGCGGCGGCAGAUGAAGCGGUUAUAGCCACUGACAUUGUGGCCACAGGUUUCUGGGCCCUGGGUGGCUCAAUCAGGCUGCGUGGCCCCCAUGCCAGGAGCAAUGAGGGCCUAAUCCAGGGGCCAAAAGCAGUCUGAGGUAUAGGAUUGUUGAAUAAAUGGCUUACAAUAUGGCUAA